GGUUAACGAGCAAAUUCAGUACGUUAGAGAAAACUUUGAGAAGAAAUAUGCCGGUAAGUUAAUAACUACUCAGUGUUAUGGUUGAAACUAUGUUAAUUUUAUUUUAGUUUUUAUGGACGUGGCUUCAGUACAAUUUAAUUUUAUUUAGUUUUAGUUUUGAGUACGUAAGUUAGUUAGGUAAAUUAUUAGAAAACGUCCCUCGUUGGCCGCCAUCUUGGUUGACACAACCAGUUAAUUUUGUCACUAAUGUAUCCCUAAAUCGAUCCCUAUGCCUAACCUGAACCCUAAAUUGAUGCCUAUGCCUAACCUGAACCCUUAUUCACUGCAACUGUAAAAAACAUGCAAAUGACGUCACGGGGUGAAAACUAAGAAUCAGCCGCUAGUUAAUAUUUAGUGUCGGAGUCGAAUUUUUUACUUUUUAUUAAAAUUAUUCACACUUGAUAUCACUGGGCUUAGUUGCCUAUUUUUAAUGGUGAGUGAGAGUGAAAUUAAAGAAAACAGGAUGCGAUAAAUUAGUUUAUUUAGUUUAAAGGAAAUAAUUAGCACAAGGUAAAGGAAAACCUGAAUAAAUGAACAAAAAACCAACAGAUUUUUCUGCAAAAAGCCUUAGACUUAUUCAAAAUAAAACAAAAACAAGUGAAUGCAAAACAAAGUCGUCGUGGGCUGCUAAAUCUGAAAUAGCCAAAAAAAACAACUAUAAUUUAUUGUCCAUACAGUAUAAUAACUUAGGCUUAGACUCUAGGCUCAUCUAAACUAUAUCAUAAUGCUGUGAACUGUGCACCCAAUCUAGCUUUCAAGGAAAUAAUUCAGACAUGGAUAUUAAUAAUGGAAAUUUAAAAUUUAAGCAUAGAAUUAGGCCUGUUUCAACUAGUAACAUAUUACUGUAUUACUUGUUACUAACAAAAUAUUUAUAUUAAAUUAAAAGAUGUAAUUUUUUAAUAGAUAACAUUGCCAGUGGUUUGUAUGAUUCUCGUGAUUUGGACAGACUUCGGAGAGACUCAGUUUAUGUUCGCACAUUUAUUAGAGGAAAUGAUCGGCUUGAUGAAGGAGUUGACCUUGUUCAUUCAUCUUUCAAAUUUCGAAAGGAGGUUAAAGCCCAUGGUAAAAAUUUAAUUUGCCAAUGCACUUUCUGCAUUUGAUAAUAAAUGUAGUUUGAUUAUUAUUUUGAAUGAUAAAUUUUGCAGUUAACUUUUGUUUGAACUUAAAUUUCAUUGCUAAAAAAGAUCUUUUUGUAAAAAAUAUGAUAUUAUUAAAAUUAAAUUUAUAAAACGACUUUCAUUCCUAACAUGCAUUUACCUUAUCAGAUUUAUGUGAAGAGUCCUUCGACAAAGAGCUUUUUGAGCUUGGGGGCAUGUACUUUCAUAAAAAAGAUAUUAAUGGACAGCGAAUAAGUGAGUCUUUUUAUAUUUAAUUCAUUUUUUAAAAUACAUGUUUGAGUUCAUUAAAAUUUCAUUGUAAGAUUUUACUUUUUUUCCAAAAAAUUCUCCAAGUUGCGAAAUAUACUUUCUGGCUUUUAAACUUUUAAAAGAGAAUUUCCUAUGGGUUAAAGUUUUCAGAGCUAACCCAUUGUACAUAAGGAAACCCAAUAAUUUUUGCACAGCUUAUUACCAACUGUAUUCUUUUAUGAAUGUUGAUCAUGGAUUUCAUGCUUCAUUACAUAGUGUGGUUGCGAGUGAAAUUGCAUAGAAAAGAUGCCUCAGCUGAGCGACUGGCAACUGAAAAGCUGGCUCUUAUUUUUGCUAUGGAAAAGGCAUUCAAUGAAGACCCUCUGUCACGUAUUGUAGUACUUUUGGAUAUGUCAUCCUGUGGUCUUGCCAAUUUGGUGAGUAAAGAAAGAAAAUAAACUUUGUGUUUGGGAAGAAACUAAAUUGCAUCAUAUCUUUCUGAUGCCCAAAUCCUUUAGCAUCUUUUGUAUUUGAUCCAAGUAUAAUUCUCAUGUGUCACUUCAUAGCCCAAAUUUAUUUUUUUUAAAAAAUUUAAAUAAAUGAUUUUAAAGAAUAAAUAACGCAGCAAUUUUGGGGUGUCACUAGUGCCUGUGAUGCCACCAGUUACAACCUAUGCUUAACAACAAAUGCAUGAUGGUAUUUUAUACUUUACUAAUACGAAAUUAAAAUGACAAUGAAGUUCAUUCAUUAUUUGUCUGGAAUGAUAAGUUUGACCACAGAUUAGGGGUAAAAAAAAUAUUUAUGGACAUUAUGUGACUAGCUAGAUAAUUCAUGCCAUAUUUUUCUCAUGGCAGGACAUAGACUUUGUCAAAUACAUAAUCUCCUGUUUCAAGUUUUACUACCCAACAUUUUUAGGUAAGCUAGAUUUUUAUCAUUUGGGAAUACUAUUUUGUCAUAUCAUACCUUUUAUUCAUUUUGUCCUAUCAUACCUUUUAUUCAUUUUGUCAUAUCAUACCUUUUAUUCAUUUUGUCUUAUCAUACCUUUUAUUCAUUUUGUCCUAUCAUACCUUUUAUUCAUUUUGUCCUAUCAUACCUUUUAUUCAUUUUGUCCUAUCAUACCUUUUAUUCAUUUUGUCCUAUCAUACCUUUUAUUCAUUUUGUCCUAUCAUACCUUUUAUUCAUUUUGUCCUAUUAUACCUUUUAUUCAUUUUGUCCUAUUAUACCUUUUAUUCAUUUUUAUUAUGCAUGAAACUUUUUAUAAGUAAAAAGAGUUCUUUAACAUUUUAAUCAUUUUUUUAAAACAUUAACCUUUGAUUUGUUAAUUCACAUUUUUAAUGAAAUAUAUUUAUUGUAUUCCCUUAUUUAUUUUUACACAGCAUAUAUGCUCAUCUAUGACAUGCCAUGGAUAUUUAAUGGUGAGUAAAUUGUGAGGUGUUGGGAUUAAAUCUUUCUAUGGUUGAACACUACAUCAUAUCUUAAACAGUCUGGUUAAUAUUGCAUACUCUGUAGGUUUAUUAAUUUUUUUAUAGACAUGUUUCACUCCUUUUAAUGUGUUUGUUCAAUUAAAAGAAGACACUAACAUUUUUUUUCCUCUCUGUUAAAUAAUAUCCGUGAAAUUAAUUCUUUUUUUCAAUUUCUUUUAUUAAACAAUUAUGUUAUGCUAUGAUUGACUCAUAAAUAUUUCAAUAAAAACUCACCACUGUGUGUUCUCCUCAUGAAAGUCUGUUUAAAUCUCUAUUCAGCCGCCUGGAGAGUGAUAAAAGCUUGGCUAAAUGCUGAGGCAGCAGCCAAGAUUAAAUUUGUGACAAAGGCAGAUGUACAAAACUACAUUAAGGCAGAGGACUUGCCGCCAUACAUGGGAGGGACUGUAAGCUCACUCUAUCAAAAUAGUUACACAUAUUCAAGUUUAUAUAAAGUCUAAUCCACAUUUUCGGCAUGUAUAAAAACAAAGUCAUAAUUUCUCAAGCAGUUUCAUAGUUUAGACAUGUAGCACAGGGGUGCCACUUUUCCGGGUUAUCCCGGAAUUCCGGAUUCGUGAGUCUAAAUAUUUUUCAGUUCCGGUUUCGCAAGUUUUUAUAUUCUCUCUUUCCAGAUUCGCCAGUUCAAUUUAUUCAAAUACGGAUUCUGUCUGGGUUUUUUUUUUCAAAUUUAACAGAAUUCGCGAAAAACCGGGAAAAUUCCUUGAAAAUGGAUGUUAAUCGCCGAUCUCGUCUAUUUUUAGCCUUUCUGUUGUCAGAGAGCUAGUGGUUUCCCCUCCCGCAUGUGCUUUGAGCUUUACACUGCUCGUUUCCAGUACCGUACUACUUCGAUAGACCAGAAAUAAUUAUUUUCUGUUCACGUCGCCGAUCAAGAGAUAUUUGAAAUGUUUGGGAAAGCAAAGUGUAAAAUUUAGUAAACAUCUUUUAAAUUUAGUUUUUAAUUGUUGGGUAGCCAUUAUCAUAAAUAGAAAACUACUCGUCCAAGCGCUGUUUUAUAUAACAGGCGAAAUGUAUGCAGGCGAAAUGUAUUUUUUUUAUUAGAAGAGCUAGGCGGCGUUUAACUUUUUUUUAAAGACUUCUUAAGUUAACUUUACAUUUAAUUACAGAGUAAGCCUUCUAAUUUUAAAUAGGCUUAUAUGAUUAAGUUAUUUUUAUCCAUUCUGUAGUGAGCCUGACAUAACUGUAUUUAGUGAGUCUUUAUUUAUUAGUUAUGCACGCCUGUGUUCUGACUCUGGGUAUACUUUAGUCUUUACAAUUUACAGUAAUUCCACUAUUACUAAUUAUUCAUAAUGCUCUGUAUUGCUGUAGUGCCGUAGUUUAGUACUGGUAUAAUAUGGUCUAUAUUAUUAUUAUGUAUGCCUUACUAUAAAUUAUAAAUCUAAUAUGAUAUUAUAUUUUAUUUUGUUUCAAUAUUCAGGAUCUAGGCUAAAUAAAAUAAUGUAAUGCCCAACAGUUCCUUUAACUUUAAAGAACUGAUGGGUAUUGCAGUUAGCCUACAGUCUACAGCAAUGGGCAAUCAUGAUUGAAUAAGUCAUCAAUGAAUACUAAGCUGGAAAUAUUGAUAUGAAGUAUUCAAGGGGAGAAUUUCUGAGUCAAUCAUCUGAUGAUACCAGCUUUAUGACCUAUCUUAGGUGUCCACUUGUGUAACUUCUCAAUUUAUGAAAUUUAUGUGUCAAACUAUGAAACUCUCACACUUGGGAGAUUUUAUAGACACUAAUCACUAAAGUGUGUUGACUCAAACUAUCCAUUUUUAUCAUUAAAGAAGUGAACAUGAACUCCAUAUAAGAAAAUAUGCUUUCCACUGUGGUAGCUAUACGUUUGUUCAAAAAUGCCCAGAGAACACAUUGCAAACGUUGACUAUUCAAGUCUAAGUAAAUUGAAAAAUUGCUAUUGCUAGGAAAUUUAAUAAAUAUUUACAUGUAUACACCUUAAUUGUUUAAUUUUGUUCAUUUGUGAUGUAUCUCAAUGUUUUAUUUGAAAAUUUCAUGCUGGUUUUUAUAUAUAUAACAAAAACGCAGCAUUGGGAUAAUCAGGAAUUUUGAGUUUCAUUAAGUUUCAGGGAUUGAAAAAUUUGUAAAUGAAGUUUCAGGUUUCAAGACAUUUUUAGAAAGAGAUUUCAGGUUUCACAGCUUUCAGUGAGUGGCACCCCUGAUGUAGGGUUCACAGCUUUCAGUGAGUGGCACCCCUGAUGUAGGGUUCACAGCUUUCAGUGAGUGGCACCCCUGAUGUAGGGUUCACAGCUUUCAGUGAGUGGCACCCCUGAUUUAGGGUUCACAGCUUUCAGUGAGUGACACCCCUGAUGUAGCAUAUGAAGUCCUUGAACAUUCACAUAACAUCAAAAGAUUUAAUGUUAAUUUUGACAGUACAGAAUUUUCAAAAGAAAACUUUGACAUUUAGAAAUUUUUUGAAAGGAAAGAAAAAGAAAAAACCCAGAUUAUUUCUUCAUGACCUACCUUCCUCCAUGAUUUCAAUGCUCUUUUCAACACACCUAUGUGGGUCUGUGGUAGAAUGACUGAUGGCAGCUGGUCAGCUAUACAGCAGUAUUGAAGUUCUUGUUAAAGCCCAGCUUGAACUUACUCACUCAAAACCCAAACCCUUCAUUGUGUAAUAAACAAGAUUUAAUCGCAUUUGAGUGAGAUGGGGAAAUCACAUGCUAGAUCAGCCCUAUGUGGAACCAGGCAGCCUAGUGACAUGGAACUCACAUUAUUUUUCACUGGAAACAAACUCAAAACAUUUGGAUCCCAGUACAUGGAAUAAUUGUCUUCCACAAAACUGGACCCAGGUAUCAAAAAAAGUUUGGGGCAGCUGGGUUAGAAGAACAAGACACUUCUUUGCAAAACCUCUGAGAGAAGACUUGGUGAAAACUGGCCUGAAGAUUUGACACGGCAUCUUCCCCUUGGGGAAGGUUGGCAGGGUUGGUUAUGCGAGCGUGAGUUACAGUUAAACAAUUCUAUCCAUCCGUACUGUGGCCCCCAAAGCUGUCAUAGCCGGAUGAGUGAAGAUGAGCUGUGUUGUGACGGUUUAAGGUUUUGUUCUUUACCUCGGAGCAAAGUUUAUGGCACAGAAGGGAUCCCAAGGGGCGGGACCUAAACAUUGAUUCCAGAAUUUGGCACAGGAUUUCUUUUUCUCAACAUGAGGUCAUAUCACUUGAGUGAAAGAAAUAGAUAUCAAGUUUUGGAAAACUAAGAUUUGCGGUAGUUGUUCAUCUACUCCUAUUCAUCCAGUCUUUGCAUUCCACACCUUUUACAGGACAGUUUUGAGUUUGUGUUCAAGCCUGGGAUGUGCAGCGAGCCACUCUAUCCCGAAGAUGAGAAGAAAAAUGAUAAAAAGGUGAGAAUUAACAAAAUACUUGUCCGAUAAUUGUUUGGAUGUUCUUGUUAGGUGUGAGAAUGUACUUUUUGUCAUGAUACAUUUCAAAUAAGAUAUUAGCUUAGAUAAUUUCUGUAAAGCUUCUCCAGUGAAGUAAGAACAAGUAUAGUUUCAGGAAUAUAUUUAAUUGGCUCUCCUAACAUGGUAAAGUAUGCUUGCCAAUCUCAGGCUGGUGCAAAGCUGUGGCUUAUUUAAAGCGGCGGUUCUCAACCUGUGGGUCACGCCCCCCUUGGGGUUCGAACUACCCUUUCCCAUUGGUGGCCUAAGACCAUCUGAAAACAUAUAAUAAUAAUAAUAAAGUUUAUUGGAAUAAAAUUAAUGCUUCAUUCCCAAAGGCUCGAAGUGCAAUACAAAAGCAACCACAUUCAAAAGAGAAAUGAAACAAUCUAUAUUUUACCACAUUGAAACACAAAACGCAACACUACAAAAACUACAAAGGAGCAUACCCAUUCAAAGUCUUUCAUCCCUUGCAACCAUAAACAACACAAGCCAAUAUACAUCUAGGACAGUGUUUCUCAACCUUCCUAAUGCUGUGACCCUUUAAUACAGUUCCUCAUGUAGUGGCGACCCCCCAACCACAAAAUUAUUUUUGUUGCUACUUCAUAACUGGAGAGCAUAUGCAUUUUAGGAUGAUCUUAGGCGACCCUUGGAAAAAGGUCAUUGGACCCCCAAAGGGGUCGCGACCCACAGGUUGAUAAAUGCUGAUCUAGGAGAUAAUAGCUAGCUGGAAAAGAUGGUAGACAACAUCACCCCAGCAGCUGUUUGCGAAAUAGAUGUGUUUUCAAAUCGGUUUUGAAGGAUUCCAGUGUCUGGCUGUUUCUAAGAGCCAUUACGGGAUGAACAGAGUUGUCUCGUGGGUUCAUAAGGCGUCAUGAGCGCUUUGAGAUAGGAUGACGCCAGGUCAUGCAAGCAGCGGUAGCACAGAGUUGCAAUUUUGUACUCAAUGCGAGCACGGACCGGCAGCCAAUGCAACUCUCUCAGAAGUGUUUUAGCAUGGUCGAGUUUGUGAAGAACAAUACGAGCCGCAUUAUUCUGUGCUUUUUGAAUUUUAUCCAGGAGUGUAGCUGGAAGACCCACAACCACAAUAAGAGCAUUGCAGUAGUCCAUGCAUGAUAGCACGAAUGUAGACAUCAGCCUCUUUGAUGCAUCAAACUUUAAGAAAGGUCUGAUAUGACUAAUCCUGCGCAUAGUUAGUGUUCUGUCUAAGUAGACACCCAGGUUUCCCACUGUUUGAGCAAACUAAAUCUGCACAUCUGAGAGAGUAAGGGAUGGGGUGUUAUUUACAGAUUUUAGCUUUUGAGCAGUAGCAAUGGGGAUCAGCUUGGUCUUUUUAUCAUUCAUUUGAGCUUGUUCAUAGUCAUCCAGUGCUUAACUGACUCCACAGUCUUCUGUGUCAUACUAAGAAGCUGAGGAAACUGAGAUUGGAUCACGGAUUGCUGAAGUUAGGUAUCGUCCACGAACAUGUGUUAUAGCAUGUCAAACUGCUUGAUCACUGCACCCAGGGGCUGAAUGUACAUAGUAAAAAGCAUCGGGCCUAGGGACUGGAACAACUGUCCCUGGGGUACUCCGAAUUUGAUAAUAGAUUGCUUUGAGGUCAGGCCGUUUGCGAUAGCAGAUUGGACCCCAUUUUUCUGUUACAAGCGGAACCAUCUCAGGAUGGUAUCGGUGAACCCAAACGUUUUUUGCCGACGUUGGAGAAGUAUGCCGUGGUCAAGCGUAUUGAACAUUGCGAUCGAUUAAGUAAUGACAAAAGGGAUACCUGGCCCUCACCACAAGACGACAGCAGGUCAUUUACGACACACAACAGUGCUGUCUCUGUAGAGUGAUGCACCCUGUAUGCUGACUUGAAAGGCUCAAACAAGUCACACUGAGAGAGGGGAUCCAGGAGCUGCGAGAGAACGGCUUUCUCUAAAAUUUUGGAUAGAAAUGGUAGAUUAGAAACGGGGCAAUAAUUUUCCAACACAUUUGGGUCGAGAUUUGCCUUCUUUAGCAGUGGAGUUACAAACGCCUCUUUAAAAGGGGAUGGAACAAUAACAGUUUUCAAAGACUGAUUUAUGAUACUAGUUAUGAUAGGGACUAUUUCAUCCAAACAUUCGCACAACAGCACUGCCGGAAGAGGGUCGAGCAAACAUGACUUUCUUGGGGAGUCAACCAGGAUUCAGAGCCUCUGACAGCUUGCCUAUGGCAAUGUUAUUUGGCAAAGAUGUGUCCUUCUGUUUAACUGUCAGCUGACCCACAGUACGAAUAAGUCCCUACUUUAGCUGCAAUCUACAAUCUGGUGACUGAUAUACAGUCCUAGCUGCAAGGACCAACUUCUUAGUUCGUUCCUAGUGAUCAACAAAGGUUUGUCGGUGCGCGGUCAAGCCAGACUUCCGCCAUUUGCUUUCUGUACGUCGCUGCUUCUGCUUCACGUCCUUUAUUUCGGGUGUAAGCCAUGGGGUGGAAGGGUGGUACGCAAGGCGCCGUGUGGACAGUGGUGCGUUUUUGUCUAAAAUGACUCCAGGCCACUUUUGCAGUCGGUCGCAGGGUCUUCUUCACUGCACCUGAGGGCGGCGACGUCACAUCUUAAGGCCACUAGAUCUAUCUUUAGGAGGUCACUGGAUGUGACUGUGCGCAGAAGGCGCCCUGGCUUCCUGAAGACAAAAUCAAAGGUUACUGGGAAAUGAUCUACAGUUAUGAAGUAGCAACGAAAAUAAUUUUGUGGCUGGGGAUCGCCACAACAUGAUGAACUGUAUUAAAGGGUAGCAGCAUUAGGAAGGUUGAGAAUCACUGAUUUAAAGGUUGGACUAACCAAACUCAGACCUCUAUUAUUACUCAUUAAAGAUACUUUCAGUGCAGGGUCCUUUAUAAAUACUUUUCUGUCAACAAAUGUGUAAAUUAUACAUGAUAGAAUAAAUUUUAUGAUCUGAGUGCUCAGUACUUUGUUUUUAAAAAAUGUAGAGUGCGUGAUGAGGCAAGUUUAAAAAAAAAAAUUCUUUGUUGUCUGUCAUCAGGUACAUUUUCAGGAAGCUCAGGAGGAAGCGAAGGUGUUAACCCAGGCACACGCUUCCCCAGACCUCUUCGACCACAACUCAAACUCAUCCAACGUUCUACGCCAUCGGACAAGCAAUCACAACAACAACGCUGGUGAAUCGAGGGUAAGACCCCUGGUUUGAAUGUCGUGGCUGUUUGAACGAGAUCAGGGGAGAAGAGAUUAAAGAAUAAUAAAACUCUUGAAUGUUGGUGCUUAUGGGAAAAUGUACACUUUUGUUGUGUGUGCAGCAGGUACUGGUGAAAUGUUGUGGUACAUGAUUGUGUGCUUGCAGAGGAAAAGCUUGUAGUUAAAAACAUUACCAUGCGACAUAAAACUUUAACCUAAGCCAAAGUUCUGCCUUAAUGUUUAAAGCUCACUGUUUCAAAAGAAGAGAAAUUCUGUUAUUCAAAGUUGACAUUUGAUAAUGAAGUAUGUGUGUGUAUUUGCCCAAAGUCUUGCUGCAGGCUUACUUAAUGCCAGUGAUUAGAAUAUUCAUAAUAAUCCAAUCCCUUUCUCAUUAUAUAUUCAAGAAUGACUUAAUAUUAUAUGAAUAUAUGCACAUACCAUAAAUAAAUAAUGGGAGCUGAUGAAAGUUGAUGAACAAAGAGUGCAGAUUUUACAUAAGUUAUAGUAAGGAAAAUUCAUAGCAAAAGGAAGUUGGUACCUCUUACCCCCCCUGGUCACCUCCCCCCCCCUGGUCACCUCCCCCCCCUGGUCACCUCCCCCCCCUGGUCCCCUCCCCCCCCCCCCACAUACUUUUUUUUUUUCAAAGUGCAUAUUCAUGGGAAGGUCACAAGGCUCUUUCCAAUAUUUGAUUUUUUUACAGGAUAUCAAAGGAAACUAAAAUGUUUUACAGAUUAUUUAGUUUCCAUGGCUAUCCUUACUAUCGGGACAUCCUUAAUCCACACACACUUUUUUUUUUCUCCUUCAAAGCAACCCAUGUGCUAUCAUCACGAGUUAUUUGAGUGAAAAUCCCUUUCCUAUGAUCAUGUGGCCAGAUAUAAAGUUCUUGGUAAUGUCUAGUAAUCCCCCCCUGUAACGUCUAUUUAUUUCCCUUUUCAGUUUCCCCUGCAAGGUUUUGCUACUCCAGGCAUCAUCUAUAUAAGGUUUCAGCACUUCCGAAUGUUGCUAGUGAAAUCAUUUUAAUCUUGAUAUUCAAAUAACUAAUAAUCAGAGUUUUGAUAUGAAAUUCAUUUCAACUUUAUCCCAUGUUAAUCUGUUGAGUAUAAAUUCAACAAAUCAAUGGACAUUUCUAUUCAUGCACAUAUGCCCUACUGCUAGCCUUUUUGUUAAUUGUAGUUUUUAAUAUAUAUACAGUGGAAAAUUGUGGGAAUGUUAAAAAUAGUUCAUGUUAUACGUAUAUGCCAACCUGUGGAAUAGCAAAAACCUGUACAAAAUGUCCCUCCACCAAAAAAAACAAGCAGGUACAUAAGCAUAAAAGCCUGUAAACAAUAAAUGAAAAGUCAAAAUAAUUAUCAUAUGUCAUUUUUAGAACUUUUUUUUUCCAACUAAUUGAAAGUGUGGGGCUAGCAACAUCCUUGUAUCAAAAUUUUUUUAGCAUCACAUGUUUGCAGAAUCUUUAGAAAUUUGGGAAGUAAAGAAAUAAUAGAUGGACAAUGUUAACAGUUCUAAUUUCACAUAAAACAUUGUUAUGAAAUCUAUUUCCACUGUAUAUGUCUAUACAGUAAAAUAUUCUACAUGUUUUAAGUAGCAAGCUUUAGUUUUAAGAGAAAAAAAAUGCGUUCUUUGCAUUCGGCAAUUUCUAUUUAAAAAUUUUAUUGACAGUUUUGCUGUUUUCCUAAUUUUUUAAUUUUUUUUCUUUUACGCUGUUACAAAUUUGUAGAUAUUUCUGAGUGACUAACUGAUGCAGUAUUUUUAGUAAAAAUAAAAAUCCACUUAAAGAAAUGUCUGGUCAAAAGCAGUCUUGAGAUAAGAACUGAUUAAAAAAAAAACUGAAGUAACAUUAUUUUGCUCUAACGUAACUUACUAAUCAAUAAUGGCUCACAUCUGUAUUAUCUAUAUAAUAAUCUAUAUUUUUUUUUCCUGGCACAUUUUUUAAUGUGUCACACCUAUUUGAUCUCAGAUCUCAAUAAACAUUACAAUACUAAGGUCACAUUUAGAGUAGAAUAUUAAAAAAAACAUUUUUUGUCAAAAUGUUUAUUUCAUUAGUUUUUAUGCAAAAAAAAAGUAGUUAAAAUUUCGGAGCAGAUAUUAACAAAACAAAAAUAAAAGUAAAUGUAAAAAUGCAUAAAAAUAUAUUUACAACCAGUCUUAUUGAGUCGUAAACUAACAAAUUACUUAUGUAAUUUAACUUCAUUCUGUACCAACUGUCCAAAGCUUUUAACCAGCAAUGAAAGUACAAUUCUGGCAUGGAAAGAAGGCCACUGCAUUUCCUAAUUAAUUAUGUUGAUCUCUUUUUGUUCACUUUUCGUGUUUAAAAUUUUGUUGUGUUUUUUUUCCUGUGUUCCUAUUGCAGCGCUCAUUAGUUCUUGGGAGGUCCCCAUUCUUAGCUUCAUCUAGUACCUAUGUUGGACGGCUGUUGACAGUGAGGUUGGUGCACUUUAAACAGCAUUGAUCCACGGGCGGUCUAAUUGAGUCAGCACCUGUCACGAAACUCAUCUGAAUAUGAUAUCCAGAAGGGCUUGUGGCAAUGCCUCUUUAUCAGUAUUAAUUAAGCCACUGGGAGCUCAAAGGGCAUAGAACAAUGUGACCUUCUUUUCAUUUCAAAUUUCAAUAUUGCUAAAACAAAUUCAUUUUGACCAGAUUAACACAGUGGUUCUUAAACUGGGUUCGAUCGAACCCCGUCAGUCUCAGGGGUUCGGUGGAGAUCCAAAAAAAAAAUCAGACAAAAAAAAUCAUAUUUUAUUUUUCCUAUUAAGAAGGGUUUGGUGAAUGCGUAUAUGAAACUGGUGGGGAUCGAUACCUCUUAAAGGGUUAAGAACCACUGGUUUAACAUCAAAUAUUGGCUUUUAUUUAUGGGGGCUUUGCCAAUUUAUUUUUCAACUAACAUACUUUAGUAAACUCUGCAAAUGUCUUCUUGUACACAUUGAGCUAUUUCCUUCAGUUAUAUUAACUUACUCAAUUUAAGUUUUUAAAAAAACUUUAGUUAUUAAAGGAAGCAAUUUAUUUCAGGAAUUUAACAUUACACAAAUGGAUCAUUAUUUAAUUAUUUUUUUGUUUAAAUACUGAAGUAAUAUAAAAUUUCUAUGAAACUUAUAAUAAGGGGAAAGAGAUCAGUAACAUUACAUAAACAAUUUUGUACUCGCUAUGAUUCUCUGUGUCACACAUUUGUGUUAACAUGAUUACUUUACACAGUCUCUAAUUGUUAAAAAAAUAAUAAUAAUAUUUUCAUGUACUUAUCUAGAUGAUUUGUGAUGUAUCAGAUGCAGAGAAUAAUUAAUUUCUUUUUAAAAAAAACUAACUAUUUUAAUUAAAAAAAUUGUACUGAGCACUGCAUGAUUGGAAAAAUGACAAGAUGAACGGUUUGUUGUAUCCUCAGUCCUGCGGAUGAGCUGGUCUUUCAACCAGGGGACACUGGGGAUUCCUUUGAUGUUAUCACCAUGACAAAUACACUGCCUGUUCCCGUAGCAUUUAAGGUAAUUGCGGGAGGGGGGAGAUAUGGGCAAGGACAGAUUAGACAUCUGGGUAUGUUUUUCAAAGACUGAUAUCCAAGAGACUUAUAUCAAACAUAUUUCUUUUGUAGUUAAUUCAAGUACCAGGAGAAGCAGAGUCAUACUCAUUAAGACAACUUAUAAAUAGCAUAGUCAGUACUUGUCAUUAAGUUGGAUGUAAAUUUGUAAAGGAUAUUGAAACAAAAUAUUGAAUUCAGUUGGGAUAGUGAUUUGGGUUUGUUGAACCCAUCAUACAAAUAGUGAGUUUAAUUUGUUGGAUCUGUUGUACAAAUAGUGAGUUCAAUUUGUUGGAUCUGAUGUACAAAUAGUGAGUUCAAUUUGUUGGAUCUUUUGUACAAAUAGUGAGUUCAAUUUGUGGAUCUGUUGUACAAAUAGUGAGUUCAAUUUGUUGGAUCUGUUGUACAAAUAGUGAGUUCAAUUUUUUUGGAUCUGUUGUACAAAUAGUGAGUUCAAUUUGUUGGUUCUGUUGUAGGGUUAUUUAUAUGAAUUUACUGAUUAUACAACUUGAAUAUACACUAGCAAGUGAAAUUUUAAGGCGGGAAAGAUAAAAAUUUAAGUGUUAGUCAUAAUUUUCUUUUUCCCCUUAUCAGGUAAAGACAACAUCUCCAGAAAAGUUUCGAGUACGACCCAGUGCAGGAAUCAUUGCACCAGAGAAAAAAGAGGAAGUGUAUGUCUACCUUGUACCUGGUGCGUUUUUCAAUACAAAACCACAACUUACAUUACCUGUCAAACAGGUUGUCUCUGAAUCUUUGCCAUAAGGUCAAGCAAAUGUGGCAUAACAUAAAGCUCCACUGAUGCAAGUAGCUUAUUUAUUUUCUGCCACAACAGAGUGAACAGAUUUUAAAAAAUUACCAUUAUAAAGUUGUUGAAAAAGGUAGACAUUAGAAUUUCACCCUGAACAGACGUGUUGUUCAACCAAGUCUACUAGUGCCCCCUCACUCUGUAGUUUUUUUAUUUAAUUUUGUCUAACCUGACCUUUUGAUGCCCCACAAGGCAUUUAGUGGGACAGGGCAGCAAUUAUCAAGUUGAAAAUCAAUCAUUUUUUAAAAGUAGUCUUGGCCAAGCUUACUUGUACUUCAUUCAAUCACACAUCUACCCAUCUAGAGUCUCUUACACUCAUCAGUAUAAAAAUCAGAUACUUGUCAGGAUUAACAUCUCAGAGUUAAAAAUAAUCAGGGUACGUCUGUCACAAAAUAAGACCUAGUUACCAUAGAACUCCAAAAAAAAAUUGUGCAAUAUUGUGUCAAAAUCAUGCAAUAGAGUAUCUUAAUAGUAAAUAAAUAAACAUACAGUUUAUAGAAUGUAUGCAAUAACUACUCGCAUCUAGUUAAUAUGGCAUUUGAAAAAAAAUGCUAACUUCCAAAAGCAUAUGACUGACGUUAAUAUUGCAAUCUGCAGUCCCUUUGUUUUGCAGAGAUGUAUCCGCUUAUAGUUAUCAAUUAAUAUUGGGGUGAAUGUGUAAAUCACAUUAUCAUUGUCUGUCACUGGUAAAAAUAAGGUUACUGUUGAACUUAAGGGAGUUCCUAAUUAAUCGGGGCCUCAGACAAGGAGACUCACUAUCAUGUAUCCUGUUAUUAUUAUGCUAGAAAAAGUUAUUAGAAGCCUACACGUGAGCAUCAGUGGAACCAUAACAAACUACUUCCAGAGAGGUAUUACAGAACAACGACCAUCAGGAACCUUAAAUAGCCAACCAUUGCAGUACCUGGCAUAUGCAGAUGAUAUAGCACUACUGGGUAGAAACCGUAAUGACUUAAUUAAAGCAUUCAAGGAAUUUGAAAAAUCCUCAAUCAAAGCUAGUCUUGAUAUAAAUGAACCGAAGACAAAAUAUAUGAUAAUGUCAAGAAACUCCCAUUCUGAUGAUAACAUCAAUAUAAACAACCACAAUUUGAGAGAGUGGCUAAAUUCAAAUAUCUAGGGGAAACUGUACACGAGCACAAUGAGAUAACGUCAGAGGUGAAAGAAAGGAUAACAGCAGGCAACCGUUCCUAUUUCAGCCUACAAAAGCUACUGGGAAGCAAAAACCUCUCAAGGGGAACAAAGAAGACAAUAUACACCACCAUCAUAAGACCUGUAGUAACAUAUGCUAGUGAGACUUGGACCCUUACCAGAAAAACAGAGAACCGGCUCAAAACAUGGGAGAGGAAAAUCCUACGGGAAAUAUACGGCCCAGUGAUAGAAAAUGAUAUCUAGAGAAACCGUACAAACCAAGAACUUUACCAUUUGUACAAAGACCCACCCAUAGUCACAAUGAUAAAACAAGGCAGACUACGCUGGGCAGGACAUGUUGAAAGGAUGCUGGAAUGUAGAGCGGGAAAAGUUAUAUACAGGCAGAAGCCUAGGGGCAGACAACUCACCGGUCGCCCAAGGCUGAGAUGGAUCGAUGAUGUGAAGAUGGAUAUACACCAGUUGGGGGUUCGCGCAUGGAGGCGGAAAGCCAUGAAUCGCUCCGAAUGGAAAGAUGUGGUGGAGCAGGCAAGGGCCCUACAUGGGUUUUUGCGCCACUGAUGAUGAUGUAAAUCACAUUAUCACAGUCUGUCACUGGUAAAAAUAAGGUUACUGUUGAAAUUUAACGUGGCUCAACUCGAGGUCAGCUCAGCAUAAAAUAAAAUUUCUUGAAGUAACAAUAAAUUAACAAAUGAGGAUGUCAUUUACAAAAUUAACCAUGUAACUUGAGAUAAUAAUAAAAAAAUGAGAAUCAAUUUCCAUUAAACCUAUAGUCUGAUAACUACCGCAGGCUGUAAUCUGUACAUGGGUGAAAUGAAGAGGGGUGUUUGGACCAAAGGUGGGUAUUAUACAACUGUUUUGUUUGAUCUAAAAAUAGAUUUCAAAGGCCUUCUCAGAUCCCAUAAAAUAUGUAAAACUCUAAUGUUACUGUGUGGACCAGUUGAGAGUGCAUUCUCUUCUUUUUUUUUCUUUUUUUAACAAUAGUUUUCUCCGCUUUUUCUGUUGCAGAUGUGAGGGCGGAUAUAACCAAAGAGAAAUUUCUCAUCAUGGCCAUGGAGACGACCCCUGGUAAUGCAACUGAUCCUAUAACCAUGUUCAAGGAUGCCCCUAAAGACGCUGUCAUGCAACACAAGUAGGUUGUUAGUUAUUACUGAUGGGGCCGGGAAUUUUUCGGUGGAAUUAUGGCGAUGGUGACUCAUGCAAAAGUAGGUCAUAAAGUAUUAUUAUUUAUUUUUAUUUUUUUAUUUGAGGGGGUGGGGGUGGGUAGUUUAAUCCAACCAAUGCUGUGGUCAUUCAAACCAACGCUGUGGUCAAUCCAACCAAUGCUGUGGUCAUUCAAACCAACGCUGUGGUCAAUCCAACCAAUGCUGUGGUCAUUCAUGAAGAAAAAUUAGUACUUAUAUGGAGUAGGGUCUCGGGGUGGGAGAUGGAUAUUGUAAUCAAGGCUAUGUAUGGCCUUAAAGGGAAUAUUUGCAGAGAGCCUUUCUUCUGUCCCCCUAUCUGUUGUGCAGGGACCAAAUAACUCUUCACUAGCACUACCAAAUAGAAUAACUCUUGAAUAGCACUACCAAAUAGCAUAACUCUUGAGUAGCACUACCUAAAUAGAAUAACUCUUGAAUAGCACCAACAAUUAACAUAACUCUUGAAUAGCACUACCAAAUAGAAUAACUCUUGAAUAGCACCAACAAUUAACAUAACUCUUGAAUAGCACUACCAAAUAGCAUAACUCUUGAAUAGCACUACCAAAUAACAUAACUCUGGAAUAGCACUAAAAUUUAACAUAACUCUUGAAUAGCACUACCAAAUAGCAUAACUCUUGAGUAGCACUACCUAAAUAGAAUAACUCUUGAAUAGCACUACCAAAUAGAAUAACUCUAGAAUAGCACCAACAAUUAACAUAACUCUUGAAUAGCACCAACAAUUAACAUAACUCUUGAAUAGCACCAAAUAUUAACAUAACUCUUGAAUAGCACUAAAAAUUAACAAAACUCUUGAAUAGCACUAAAAAUUAACAAAACUCUUGAAUAGCACUAAAAAUUAACAUAACUCUUGAAUAGCACUAAAAAUUAACAAAACUCUUGAAAAGCACUAAAAAUUAACAAAACUCUUGAAAAGCACUAAAAAUUAACAUAACUCUUGAAUAGCACUAAAAAUUAACAUAACUCUUGAAUAGCACACUGUAUGUUUAUUGGGAUUAGGAAUCGGGAUCUUUAGUAAAGACUUGCCUAAUUUUUGAAUCCUCAGGUUGAAGUGUUCCCAGACAGGAGCACCGGUGGGUCCACCAGCAGGAGCAGUACGGCCAUCUGGUGGUCAAGACACGCUGGCGUCCAAGGUUGGUACCUUCAUAAUUAGAGACUGUAUUUGUUGGACUGGUGGUGAUCCUCCUGCUGUAACACAUCUUUGUAGAUUUUGGUCUCUUUAGUGUGCCAUUUCUCUCUGCCCAGUGAACCUUUUCUGAUCUGAAACUUGUCCUCAGUGUCUGCCAGUGCCGUCAGUGUCUGCCAGUGCCUAUUGGUAUGAAGCCAACUUUUCCUCUUGUGUGACUUGUUUCCCCCGUUAUGUAGCACACAUUCCCCGUGCGAAAACUUUGCUUGACCUAAAUUAGAUCCCUAGCAGACGGUAGCGUUUGUUGUGGGCGUGGUUUAAAUUCUCUUUGAUGUAUCUUGUUUACAACCACUGCCAAUUACACAUUGGGUAGUAUGUCUCCUGGUAUCUUGUCGAAUCUUCUCGAUAACCCGAGGAAUGUAAACAACACGUCAUAAUUCUCUUCUGGAAGCGUCUUACGCUACAUGUAUAUAAGGGAUUGACAGAGACAGAGAUUCAGAUAGACAGUUUUAACUUCACGAGACGUGUAUUAUUCUUUGUGCGUUUAUAUGUGUUUAUUCAACAUUGAUCAUUCAUCAUUAUUCAUUGGCACAUUGUACUAACUGUGUUAACUGUGUACCGGUACAAGAUAUACCAUACUGUAAGUUGAUGAUUUGUAAUUAUAUUUAUUUUAUUUUAUAAUUGUAUUAGUACUAAAUUAAAUCUUAUUAAUUGUAAUUGGUACUGUUUUAGGUGUCGUAUUUUUGUUAAUGUAUUUCUCUAUGGUAUCAUCCUUUUGUUAUGCACUGUUUUGAACGAGCCAUAAAUUUAAAAUAGGAGAUUAAUUUCUCACAAUAGAAGCCAGUGCGUAACAAUUGGGGUAGCUCGUCCUCGAUAACUGAAUCGAUAUUAUUAUUUUUCUUAAGUCCCCAAUUUUAACAAUUGUGGGUUCUUCCGGGGAUAACUGAAUCCAUAUUAUUAUUUCUCCCAAGUCCCUGAAUACUAUAAUCCACAUUUAUUUCUUAAAAGUCGCCAAUUUUAACAAAAUGUGGGAGUGUCCUUUGAUAUUUGAAUCCAUAAAUUUUAAUACACCAAUAAUACAUCGAGUAUUCCUCUGUGGAUUUUGGCCCACUGUUUACUUUAAUUUAAUCAAACUAAAUUUGAGUACAUGAUACCAUUUUACGAUACCAACAACAGAGCUAGUUACAAUUUUCUUUAAAUUCAAUUAAAUUAGUGUGUUCACUAAGCUUAAAUUUUUAUAAAACUUAUUGUUAUAUUUUGCCUGUGACAAAAUGGAUUUUGAUGUUGAAAACCCAUCAGUAGAGGCAUUAGACAAAGGUUCUAGGAAGGAGCUAUUUUCCAUUGCUAAAGAUUUAGGAAUAAAUGUAGCUCAUUCGGCAGUAAAAAAGACCGUACGAGAUCUGAUCAUUGUCCACUUAGUGGAUGAGGAUGUGUUAUCUGAGGACGAACUGACCUCAGUGACACAACCGCAUGAUCCUAGUAUGGAACUCCAACUGAAGCUCAAACAUCCGGAGCUAGAUAAAGAACGAGAGCUUAAACAGCUGGAGCUAGAUAAAGAUAGGGAGCUCAAACAAAUGGAGCUAAAUGCUCAGAGAGAGAAAUGAAAAAGAACGAGAGCUUAGACAAUUGGAGCUAAAUGUUCAAAGAGAGAGAGAUGAAAAAGAAUAAGAGCUUAACAAAUGGAGCCAGAGCUCCAAAUUAAAUUAAAAGAAAUGGAAAUAACGGCCAAUUUGGGAGCAAUGGAAAAUAGACUCACAGCUCCAGCCGGUCAGGGUUGCAAUGCAAUAAAAUUUGCAAAAGUAAUCCCGAAAUAUACGGAAAAAGAGGUGGACCAAUAUUUUGCACAGUUUGAAAUAACUGCCCAAAAUUGUAAAAUUCCUGAAACUUUGACCGGAAGGGCAGCCGAAGUCUUUGUGUCUUUAAACAGCGCGGGGACUAUAACCUAGUAAAAUCCUUAAUACUUAAGGCUUAUGAAUGUGUCCCCGAAGCCUACCGUAAAAAGUUUAAGGAGCUGUGGAAAUGUGAUGGUCAGACUCAUGUUGAGUUCCUCCGGGAAAAACGAACGACUCUUGGACAAGUGGCUGCACGCAACCAACACCGAUGCAGACUUCAAAAAGUUUAAGAACCUCAUUCUGAUGGAGGAGUUCAAGAAUUGUGUUUGUACAGAGGUGCAAAUACAUAUUGCAGACCGUGGCGAAGGUGACGCACAUAAUGCAGCAGUUUUAGCUGACGACUUCACCAUCUCACAUCAACUUUCAAAGAACCCAUCUGAUACCAAAAAAGACAGGCACAAUAAGACAGCUGCAUCCACUUACAGUAAACCUCCACAAAAAUCAUACAAGCAUGGUACAAAAGAAACAAGUGCAAAAGACACAUGUGCUUACAUGUGCGCACUUUCGCAUUUGCUGGUCCAACAAUUUGGAACGCCCUUCCUGUCGAUCUUAGAAACAACCAGACACUGGAUUCCUUUAAAACAGAUCUAAAGACACAUCUAUUUCGCAAAUACCUUCUGGGAUGAUUGUCUACCUUAUUUUCCAUGUGUUGCUGUGUUGCUCCGGGUUGAAAUGGCUAGAAAGACUUUGAUAUUGUAUGCUUGUAAUUAGUUUUUGUAGUGUUGUGUUUGUUUUAAAUGUGGUAAAUUAUAGAUAUGUUUUUUGUUGACUUUGUACAGCGCUUCGAGCCUUUGGGGAUGAAGCGUGUUUUUUUAAAUGAACUUUAUUAUUAUUAUUAUUAUUAUUACUGUAAAAAAGAAGGACAUACAAGGGAUGAGUGCUGGAAACUCAAGAAGAAAACUGAGAAGACCACACAUCCUGGUACACAACGCAAAGUCUCCGCUUGUACGUCUCAUCAUAAUCUGGAAACACAUUUUCAAAAUUCUAAAGAUUUUGCUCUCCAGAUGUCCAUAAAAACUUCAAAGAGGUUUGUCAUGACUCAUCAAAGAGUUCCAUUAUGAGCAAUAAGGCUAGUUUCACAGACUCUAGCCAAGUUCCUACUGCGACUUCGAGUUUUAUGAGCUUGUCGCCAAGAUCCUUUUGCUCCAAGAAGAGGUCAACCUCCAGAGGGCGUCUUACUGAGGACUUGUGUGCAAGCUUUGACGACUCUACCCAGAGUUUUACUUCCUCUACCCUAGCCGAAUGUUCUCAAGACUCCAACAAGAGUUUACCUACCAAGGUCCAAAAUUCUACAUCAGAAACUACUGAUGUCAUACAAGACUUCAUGCCUUUCAUAUCGGAAGGAUUCAUAUCACUGACAGGUGAUUUUUCCAGUCUACGACCAAUCAAAAUCUUACGAGAUACAGAUGCUUCACAGUCCUUGCUAGUUGAGGGUAUAGUUCCUUUGUCUGAAUCUACUGCCACUGGGAGCAACAUCCUGUUACGAGGUGUAGAGCUGGGAUGCAUAGAUGUACCUUUACAUCUCAUCAACCUCAAAUCAGACUUAGUCUCCGGACCUGUGGUUGUGGGUGUCCAACCAACAUUACCAGUGGACGGCAUCUCGUUGCUGCUAGGCAAUGACUUAGCUGGUGGUAAGGUAAUAGCCGAACCCAUCGUUACUCAUGAAUCUUGUUUCACUGAAAUUCAGGAAGAAGAUCAAGAAUUGUAUCCAGCAUGUGCUGUGACAAGGGCCAUGACUUCUAAGAUCUCCAAAGAAGAGAUGUCACAAAAAUGCAAUAAAAUCCAUCCUGAAAUUGACCUGGGGAAAAAAAUUUUUGCCAGUCUAAACAAAGAGGCAAUUAAUCACAAGACUCCAACUCGAAUGCAACUUAUUGAAGAGCAGAAAAGUGAUCCAGAAAUAUUCAAACUUCGAGAGAACGCUUUGACCCAAGAAGAAGCUGAACAAUUCCCUGUAUGUUACUAGAUUCAAGAUGACAAACUUAUGAGAAAAUGGCUACCUCCAGACGCAAAUGCUGACGAAGAAUAGAGAAUAGUUCAUCAGAUAGUAGUUCCAACACCAUUCCGGAACGAAAUCCUGAACCUAGCCCAUGAUUCACCACUUUCAGGCAAUUUGGGAGUAAAGAAGACAUAUCACAAAAUCAUGUCACACUUCUUUUGGCCAAAAAUCAAGAAAGAUGUGGUUGAAUACUGCAGAUCAUGUCAUACUUGUCAAGUGGUAGGGAAACCAAAUCAGAAGAUACCAGCAGCUCCUCUUCAACCCAUUCCAGCGUUCGAAGAACUUUGCAGUCGCGUGAUUAAAGACUGCGUUGGACCUCUGCCAAAGACAAAAUCAGGUCACCAAUACUUGCUGACAAUCAUGUGUGCAGCAACAAGGUUCCCAGAAGCUAUUCUUCUUCGCAAUAUGAAGACUCCAAACAUCGUCAAAGCCUUGACGAAGUUUUUUUUACAUUGUUUGGUCUUCCAAAGUCGGUACAAUCUGAUCAAAGAACCAACUUCAAGGCUAGACUAUUCAAACAAGUGAUGAACCAAUUGGGCAUAGAACACUGCUUGUCGAGUGCAUAUCAUCCUGAGUCACAGGGAGCACUUGAGCGAUUCCAUCAGACGUUGAAGAACAUGAUGAGAACGUACUGCCUAGAACAAGAGAAAGACUGGGAUGAAGGCAUCAACAUGCUACUGUUCGCCGCAAGAGAAGCAGUUCAAGAAUCACUUGGAUACAGCCCCUUCGAACUGGUGUUUGGCCACACGGUCGCGGUCCCCUUAAACUUUUAAAAGACACGUGGAUGUCAUCGACACCCACGGAAGGACUUCUUGACCAUGUCCUAAAAUUUAAAACUAAACAUUUUAAUGCCGUUAAUUUGGCUAAAUUACAUUUAAAAAAUUCUCAAUGUAAAAUGAAAGUUUGGUAUGACAAAAAGUCAAAAUUCUUACAGUUUGCUUCAGGGGACAAAGUGCUUGUGCUUUUGCCGAUACCAGGGCAGGCACUACAAGCUAGAUAUUUUGGUCCUUAUGUUGUUGAGUCCAAAAUCAAUGAUUUAAAUUACAUUGUGUUAACACCAGAUCGUAAAAGAAAGAAACAGUUAUGUCACAUUAAUAUGUUAAAAGACUAUGUUGAUAGAAAAUGUGAUGAUCAUUCUCCAUCCUCAGAACCUAAUGUUAACACAAUCUCAACUGUAACUUCAGUACUUAAAGAAAAGGUUACUGAAACCUUUGAUAGUGUCCAAGAUAAAGUUGGUAAUUACAAACUUAAAAAUUCAGAAAUAUUGGCCAACUUGGAUAAGAAACUAGGACAUUUGUCAUUGUCAGAGAAGGAUGUUGUUAAGUCUGUUAAUGCAGAUUUUUUUUUUACUCUUCCCUGAUGUCCCUAAUAAAACCAACAUUGCUGUAGAUGAUAUUGACACUGGCAAUGCAGUUCCGGUCAAGCAACACCCCUAUAGGGUCAAUCCGGAAAAACUUGAAAUAAUCUGGUCUGAAAUAAAAUACAUGCUUGAAAAUGAUAUCGUUGAACCAAGCUCUAGUAACUGGAGUUCACCUUGUAUUUUAGUCCCAAAGCCUGACAAAAGUUACAGGUUUUACACUGACUUCAGGAAAGUGAAUUCAUUUACGAAGACUGAUUUCUUUCCGAUUCCAAGAAUAGAUGAGCUUAUAGAUCGAAUAGGCGAUGCCAAAUAUGUAACCAAGAUAGACCUACUAUCAGGUUAUUGGCAGGUUCCUCUAUCUGACAGAGCAAAAGAAAUCUCUGCUUUUUGUACUCCAGAUGGUUUAUACCAAUAUAAAGUAAUGACAUUCGGAAUGAAAAAUGCCCCGGCUACAUUCCAACGUCUAGUCUAUAACAUUAUUGCUGACCAGGAAAAUUGCAGCGGCUAUAUUGAUGAUGUAAUUAUUUACAGUCAAGAUUUUUCAACUCAUGUAAACCAAUUAAGGUCUCUGUUUAAAAAUUGUUUGCAGGCAAAUGUAACUGUGAAUUUAAAUAAAUGUGAAUUUUGUCAUGCAACUGUAGAAUAUUUAGGUCACAUAGUGGGUCAAGGUCAUGUAAAGCCUGUUCCAGCUAAGAUAAAUGCUAUUGUAUCACGUCCACCACCCACUACUAGAAAACAGUUAAUGAGAUUUUUGGGAAUGGCAGGUUACUAUAGAAAAUUUUGCAAAAAAUUUCUCAGUUAUUGCUUCUCCCUUAAGAAGCAUUCGAAAACAAUAAAAAUAUAUUAGCUAAUGCUCCUGUUCUAAUUGCGCCAGACGUUAACAAACAAUUUAAAUUAGCUGUAGAUGCCAGUGAAGUUGGCAUUGGUGCAGUUCUUUUUCAAGAAGAUGACCACGGUGUAGAUCAUCCUGUCUCUUAUUUGUCAAAGAAAUUUAACUCAUAUCAGAAAAACUAUUCCACAGUAGAAAAAGAAUGUUUAGGUUUAAUUCUUGCUCUCCAACAAUUUGAUUUUUAUGUCAGUUAUUCUUUACUUUCAGUACUGUAUUUUACUGAUCACAAUCCUUUAACAUUUUUGAAUAAGAUGGUCUCCAAAAAUCAAAUAUUGUUAAGAUGGAGCCUAUUCUUACAAGAAUGUAAUUUGGACAUCAAAUAUAUUAAAGGCAAAGAUAAUGUCAUUGCAGAUACUUUGUCCAGAAAUUAAUUUUCACUGAACAUAAAACUUAUGUUAUUGUUUAUAAGCUGUUAAGAAGCUUUUUGUCUGAUAUUUUGAAAGGAAGAAAUGUACUUUCUGUAAUUUUUAAUGGAAAAAGAAUUCCAUUUAUGAAAAAGGAAAUUUUUUUUCUUUUAAGAAGGGAGGUGUUAUGUAGCACACAUUCCCCGUGCGUGAACUUUGCUUCACCUAAAUUAGAUCCCUAGCAGACGGUAGCGUUUGUUGUGGGCGUGGUUUAAAUUCUCUUUGAUGUAUCUUGUUCACAACCACUGUCAAUUACACAUUGGGUAAUAUGUCUCCUGGUAUCUUGUCGAAUCUUCUCGAUAACCCGAGAAAUGUAAACAACACGUCAUAAUUAUUUUCUGGAAGCGUCUUACGCUACAUGUAUAUAAGGGAUUGACAGAUACAGAGAGACAGAGAUUCAGAUAGAUAGCUUUAACUUCACGAGAUGUGUAUUAUUCUUUGUGUAUUUAUAUGUGUUUAUUCAAUAGUUUUAACUUCACGAGAUGUGUAUUAUUCUUUGUGUAUUUAUAUGUGUUUAUUCAACAUUCAUCAUUAUUCAUUGGCACAUUGUACUAACUGUGUUAACUGUGUACCGGUACAAGAUAUAUCAUACUGUAUGUUGAUGAUUUGUAAUUAUGUUUCUUUUAUUUUAUAAUUGUAUUAGUACUAAAUUAAAUCUUAUUAAUUGUAAUUGGUACUGUUUUAGGUGUCGUAUUUUUGUAAAUGUAUUUCUCUAUAGUAUCAUCCUUUUGUUAUGCACUGUUUUGAAUAGCCAUAAAUUUAAAAUAGGAGAUUAAUUUCUCACAUUAGAAGCCAGUGCGUAACACCCCUAAGUCAGGUCGCGCCCCCCCCCCAUAUUUUUAUAUGUAUCUCUUCUCCCUCCAAUGUUAUAUAUCACACCUUCCUUCAAAGUCCUUGAUUUUCUAAUUUUUUCCCUUGAGUCUGUUUAUUUUGGCCCUAACCACAUCUUUAGCUGAUGUUUGCUUAUGGUUAAACCUGUAGCUUGCAGACUCCAAAUUAUUGUAACAACUUGAUAUUAGUCUAGAUUAGAGACCGACCAAAUUUUGGUUUCGGUUUCAGCGCCGAAAGUAGCCAUUUUAUCACUUUCGGACAAGUUUCGGUGUCGGCCGAAACUGAAAGUUAACUAUCGGCUUAAUUUCGGUUUCGGACGAAAUUGACUUAGACUUUCGGCCAUCUGGCGGAAAGUGACUCAGGUUUUCGGUCCUUUAAUACUCAGCGAAAGCGAUAUUUAACAACAAACUAAGUGACAUUUAAGAACAAAUUAAGCGAUCUUUGGGAACAAACUAAACGAUAUUUAACAACAAACUAAGCAACCUUUAAGAACAAACUAAGCAACCUUUAAAACAAACUAUGCGAUCUUUUAGAACAAUCUAAGCGAUCUUUAAGAACAAACUAUAAGAUUUUUAAGACCUAACUAAAUGAUCUUUAAGAACAAAACAAAUGAUCUUUAAUAGUUAACUAAAUGAUUUAUAAGAAUAAACUAAGCGAUCUUUUACAGAAAACUAAAUGUUCUUUAGGAACAAACUAAAAGAUCUUUAGGAACAAACUAAUCGAUCUUAAUCAAUUAUCUUUAAGAACAAACUAAGCGAUCUUUAUGAACAAACUAACUGAUCUUUAACAACAAACUAAGCGAUUUUUAAGAAUAAACUAAGCGAUCUUUAUGAACAAACUAAACGACCCUUAAGAACAAAUAAAGCAAUCAUUAACAAAAACUGGACGAUCUUAAACAACAAACUAAGUGAUCUUUAAGAACAAACUAAAUGAUCUUUAACAACAAACCAGGCGAUCUUUAUGAACAAACUAACUUAUCUUUAAGAAAAAAUAAAGCGACCAUUAAUAAAAACUGGACGAUCUUUAACAACAAACUAAGCAAUCUUUAAGAACAAACUAAAUGAUCUUUAACAACAAACUAAACUAUCUUUUACAGCAAACUAAACGAUCUUUAACAACAAACUAAGUGAUCUUUAACAACAAAUUAAGCGAUCUUUAAGAACAAAUUAAGCGAUCUUUAAGAUUAAACUAAGCGAUAUUUUAGAACAAUCUAAGCGAUCUUUAUGAACAAACUCACCGAUCUUUAAGAACAAUCUAACCAAUCAAUAACAACCAACUAAACGAUCUUUACAGACAAAUUAAGCGAUCUUUUAGAACCACAAAUUUUAGAAACCUGGUUUAAAAAAAUAAUAUUUGCAUUAAUUUCCCCCCCCCCUCCCCCCAAUUUUUGCCAAAUUUUCUCCUACUAUACUAAUUUUAAAAAAUUGUAAAGCAAUUUAAAUUACUUUUAUAUUAAAAUGGUAAAAUCCAAAGUAUUCAUUAGAUCAAGGGUCUCAAACUCAAAUCAUCGGGGCGGUGGGGGGCGCAGAAGGUAGUGUCUGAAUGAGAGUGGGCCGCAUCACAUAAUCCACAAAAAUGGGAUUACAACUGUUACAAUCUGCUCAACCUUUAUAAAUAACAAUAAAAUCAUUAAGGGUUCUCAAGAACUAGGAUUCACUUUCAUCCACUUACUCACUGUUGCAUACAAAAAUAUAUAGAAACAUUUUUUUUAAAAAUCAGAAUUAGACUAAUCGACUAAACCGUCACGGAGAGUCCCGUUAUAGAUAUGAGAAUGGGGGAAACUGGUUGGCGCAUUUACACUAAAAUUUUCUGUCAUGUAGCGGGCAGCAAAAUAUCGUCUUGCGGGUCACAAAUGGCUCGCGGGCCGCGAGUUUGAGAUGUUUAUUUAUAAAUAUUCACGAUUAUCUCAUUUUUUUAUAAAAAGAAUGUAAAUAUUUAUACUUUCCCACAUCAUUUUCAAUGUAUGCAGAAUGUAUGCGGGAACGAAUUUCAAAAUAUCUUAAUAUUUCAUUUUAGGUUUCGGCUUCAGCUUCGGUUUCGGCCGAAAUUCAUUUUAAACUUUCGGCCUAUUUUUGGCUUGGGCCGAAAUCAGAAAAUCACUUUCGGUCGGUCUCUAGUCUAGAUUAUUUUAUCAUUGCUUACACAGUCAUUGUUUUUAACAUGGCUACUUCUUCCCAUAUUAUCACUACUUUCUCCUUUAGUCUAGCUUGUAUAAUCACUACUUCCUCUCAAGAGUUCUGUUUCAUAUUAUUGCUUUUCCAGUUUUUAAAUUGAAUUAGUCCUAAUGAAUUCUAGUUCCUAUAUUGUCCCAGUGUUUGUUCCCUACUUUGUAACAGUGUUUGGUCCAGUCCCCUACAUUGUCCCAGUUUAUUGUCUAGUUCCUACGUUAUGACGGUGUUUGAUCCAGCCUCUACAUUGUCCCAGUUUAUUGUCUAGCUCCUACGUUAUCCCGGUGUUUGGUCCAGUCCCCUACAUUGUCCCAGUUUAUUGUCUAGUUCCUACGUUAUGACGGUGUUUGAUCCAGCCCCUACAUUGUCCCAGUUUAUUGUCUAGUUCCUACGUUAUCCCGGUGUUUGGUCCAGUCCCCUACAUUGUCCCAGUUUAUUGUCAAGUUCCUACGUUAUGACGGUGUUUGAUCCAGCCCCUACAUUGUCCCAGUUUAUUGUCUAGCUCCUACGUUAUCCCGGUGUUUGGUCCAGUCCCCUACAUUGUCCCAGUUUAUUGUCAAGUUCCUACGUUAUGACGGUGUUUGGUCCAGUCCCAUACAUUGUCCCAGUUUCUUGUCCAGUUCCUACUUUAUCCCGGUGUUUGGUCUCACUAUUUGAUUAUCGUAGGAGAGGCCAGCACCUGUCAGAUCAGCACCAUCAGUCAAUCCAGCGCAGCGCUAUAAUUCCGUUAGCUUAUCGGUGAGCCAACAAGAUGAUAAAAAUGUUGCCGAUGACAUGGACAAACAGGUAGAUGAGACCCACCUGUCAAGCAUGUUGACUAUUUCAGGAAUUAUAUUUAUCUCAUUGUUUAGUUCUGUUAAAUUUUUCGUGGUCGUGACAUUGAUUUUCUUGAAUUUUUUAUUACAUUUCUUCUUUUUGAAACAUUCAGUUUGAUGUUUUGAGAAUUGGUUAGAUAUUUUGCAUAUGAGUAUUGGAUAAAUUAAAACAGAUUGCUGUUAGUGCCAAGACAAGUUUGGCAUCAGCAUUUUAUGUUUGUUUGCUAGUUUACUGCCUCUUCUGCAAGAAGAGCUGGCUCACUGGUCUGACACGCCCAGGCCAUUAGAACCUACCAUCAUGUCACUGAAUAAUAAAUUAUUGAUUUCUGUUUGAAUCAUUUAUUAUUUGGUCUUUAUCAUAUUUUUCCCCCCCUCUGUCCAGGUUGAGCAGCUGGAGACACAGACGAGACAUAUGCAACGGCAGCUCAAUCUUCUGCUGGUCAUCCAAUUCCUCACAGCCUUCACCCUCAUCAUAGUCAUGCUGGCCUACUCCUGCUUUGGGGAGGACCUCUUCACCAGGUUUCUUGCUCUGCCCUUUGAUUUCUGCAACGACCCGUACGGCCGUAAAUGUUGA